CAGAGAACGCGCUUUAGUUAUGUUUUGGUAGUGGAAAAAGGGGAAAACGCUUUUCAAACAUGAAUCUGUAGAAAGACUAUGGGUAAAAGCAGAAGAACCGAAACAAAGCAAACAAAAUACAAAACAAAUCUGUUCGGAGCGCUCGCUUUGAAAUGUACGCCGCCACGUUCCAAUUAGAAAGUGCUCGCUGUUUCUGCUGAACAUGAGAUAAACCACACAGAGACUGAGCGUGUGUGAGAGAGAAAGAGAGAGAGAGCCAGAGAGGGAUACAGUAUGGGAAGCGAAUCGGAGCCUGUCAGCUUGGAGUUCAUCGAGGAUUCUUAUUUGCCCCGCAUCGAUGACAUCACCACGACCCCCUCACUCGAUGAACUGGAAAUAGCAGCAGACACUGAAACUGAUUGGUUCAAUGAAACGGCCGAGCAUUAUCUACGCAAUUUGACACUCGACGAGAUCUUCUAUGAUGUCGAUUCAGAUUAUGCCAAUACGCUUGAACUGCAAGCCGUCGAAACGGAAUUCAUGGCAGCCAAGCUGUCCAAUCAGACGCCUUCGUCUUCUCUUGCGAAACGUUUCCGUCUAAAGUUCUUAACGAAGCGUACAAUGCGCGAUGUUAAGGUCACGUUUAUAGACUUCUCGAAGCCCUAUCUGGCAAAAAUAUCAAACAGCGAUAACUAUAAACGAUUUCUGACUAUAGGUCCUAGCGUUGCUAAAGAUAAUAGCGCCCAUUUGUCGGAACCAGUAUCGCCAGCAGCGUCUGUAGCAUCUGCAGAGAUUGCAGCUGAAUUUGCUGCGCUCACCGUUGAAGAGAAGGAACAGAGACGCGCUGAAUGGAGUCAGGAGCUGGCACGUGUUGAGGAAGAGAUCAAUACGCUGCGCACGGUGCUGGCCUCCAAGACGCGCCAUGCUUCAGACUUGAAGCGUAAACUGGGUAUUACCGUCUGGAAGGAGCUAACAGACGAUGUCAAUCAGGGCGUUAAGAAUCUGAAAGAGAGUCAUGUUUACCAAUCAGUGGAACAGAGUGUGGGCAACAUAUCAAAAGCUGUGCAUGAAGCACCACUUUUCCAACGCACGGAAUCGGUUUUGAAGACAACGGGUGAGAAAACGGCAUCGGUAUUUGGCAGCAUUACGAGCGGCAUUACGUCGAAACUCUCACAAAUGAAAAAUUCUGAGUCGAUGCGUUCUAUUGAAGCCUCUGUUGGCACUGCCUAUGAGAACGUUAAAGUAAGCUAUGAACAGAACAAUUUUUUGUGCCAAUCUAAUGCGACGAAGGUGACAUCGCGUUCGGGUUCGGUAUCCAGUUUCCCAGAUGCUUUAGAUGAGAACAAUUCAUCAUCGGGAUUGAAUUCACCUACAGACUCUCUAACAAAAUAAAAAAAAAUAAGCCAACACAACACGAGCUGCGUAAAAUAAUCAAAAGAAAAAAAAAAAAUAAUAAUAAACAAACAAAAAAUAAAAUAUAUACAAAAUUACACACAGACACACACAUACACAAACAAACAUACAUAAAUAACACUUAAAUACAUUUAUACACGUAACACGAAAAACGGAAUUUAGUUAUUUAUAAAUGAAUACUGUGUGUUAUUAAUAUUACUAUACUAUUAUACUAUUUAAAUGUAUGUUUCAUAAAUUUAACAAACUUUGUUGCUAGCAUACAUACAUACAUAUAUAAUAUAUAUAUGCAUGUGCGUGUGUGCUUUGCAUUCAAUUCAUAAAUUGUUUUGGCUUUAAUCAAAUGGAACAGUUCAUAAAACUUUUAGAAUUCUUUAUGCAUAAAUUUAUACAAACAUAUAAAUGUAACUAAGUGUCUGCUUUA